GCGUACGUUAAAGGCGUGGUUCGUUGGGUUCACGUUGUCGCGGGUGCGGCGGCCCUUCCUGUUUAGUCAGCAUCGAUAUGCCUCCAUAGUGUCGGGCGCGCGGCUAUGAAUCGGGCGGGACGACUGUGCUGAACCGUACGAUGAGGCGCGGCGGCGGAGCCGUUGGUGCCGCCGCGCUACCCGUUGCACUUUUCCUACUGUCUGCGAUCGGGCCGUGGUCGGCGUGCCAUGGGCAGCAGUGGAAAAAUGACCCAAACCGGAGGUAUCCCGAUCCAGUGACGCCGGACUUCUUGCCUCGGAACCGAGCCCCGCCGGGUCCCACGCUGUACCGUGCCGACCUGAGGCCGUCCGGACUGUACGAGCGGACGGACGAUUUCCAAAGGUACAGCGAUGCACGGUGCUCGAUACGACCGACCUCGACGCCGACCAUGUACAGAACAGCAAAGACUCCGAUCGGUGUUUUUACGGGAAGGAUCGUCUACCUCUGCGACCUUCCCGAGUUCACGCGCACCGACCAACGGCCGGUGGCGCAAGGCGGCAUCGACCACUGGAACGACAGGCUGGAGUACCCCUCCAGCGCGGUGGCCUACCUGGGCAUUCCGUACGCCCAGCCACCGCUCGGACACAACAGGUUUAAGGAACCUCAGGCUCAUGGUCCCUUGGGAAAUGUGCAAGCCCUGAAUUUCAGGGACUCGUGCAUACAACAUAUUGACUACAAAGGUCAACACAUGGGCGUCCCCUCUACCAGCGAAGAUUGCCUCUACCUUAAUAUCUACACACCUAAUCUGGCCGAUGUGAACCGUAAUUUUGCUGUCAUGGUGCACAUACAUGGUGGUGAAUUCGAUCAUGGGUCUGGAAAUUUGUUUCCUGGUCACAUGCUGGCUGCUUCACAAGAGGUUGUUGUGGUCACCUUCAAUUAUCGUCUAGGUGCUUUAGGGUUUCUGGCAACGGGGGAUGGUGCUUCACCAGGCAACUAUGGUCUGCUGGAUCAAGCGGCUGCUAUUCAGUGGGUGCGAGACUACAUUGCAGGCUUCUCCGGAGACCCAUCUCGUAUCACCCUGUUUGGUCCAGGUGCUGGAGCCGCCAGCGCUGGCCUCCAUUUGGUCCAUCAGAUGAGCAGACGCAAUCUGGCCUUUCAGCGGGUGAUUGCUGCUGGCGGAUCGCCGGUGGCCGAGUGGGCCUUGGACCAAGACCCUAUACGCAUGCGCAACAUGAGCUGGCUGUAUAGUGAGAAGGUGGGCUGCUAUGGCGACAGCACCUGGCGCCUACUGGACUGCCUGCGCAGCAAGGGGAACAGCAGCUCUGAAUUCACUUUGGCUACUGUCGAGCCAACAGUUGGACGUCUACCGUGGGGACCCGUCCUGGACCGUCACACACGUUCAGACAGCAUUGUGUCCGUGUUCCCAGAAGACUACCUUCGAGACCUCGCACCUGAGGAGGCCCAUCUGUUUAGUAGCCAGGUGGCGUACAUGACUGGUGUCACACGUGAUGAGGCAUCCUACAUUGUCAAACAAGACAGAGAGCUCAAGAGCAACCGUUACGUCAUGACACCAGACACAUUUCAAAUGUACCUGAAACGCUACGCCCGCCAGUUCAACUACUCGCUCAACGAGGAAGCUGCCAUCAGUGCCUUAUCCUUCAUGUACACUCCGUGGAGUGAUCAGGACAAUCAGACCCUCCUGAUGAGGGGAUACGUCGAUAUGCUCUCGGACUCCUACUUUGUGGCCCCUCAUGACAAGGUGAUGAAGCUUCUGCUGAAUAAAGGUUUUCGUGUCUAUGCUUACGUGGUGAACUACACUCUUGAGAGCUAUCCUAGGUUGCAGUAUGGCAGACGCAUCUAUGAUUGGGAUGGAAUACCACAAAGCAUGGUCGACCUGAUGGUAUCUGGUGCGCCAUUCAUGGACCCAAAGUUCUACCCGGAUAACCUGGAACUGAAUGACGUCCUCUGGAGUGAGGGAGACCGCAACAUGAGCCAGCUGUUUAUGCAGGCCUGGGCAAACUUUGCCAAAACUGGAGACCCAAUGGGGGGAACCUCCUUGUUUGGCUCCAUCCGCUGGGAUCCUGCAACGCGGGGUCUGCUACAGUACCUGUGCAUCAAUGGCACAUACUACGAGGCGCUCAACUCCUCGAGUUUCAUGCUGCGUGACUACCGCCAGAAGGAGAGCCAGUUCUGGAACGCUUACUUGCCCGAGCUGGCCCUCCGUCCAGCACCUACGUGGCCGCCCUGGGACGAGCCACUGCUGCGGGAGAACCGCCUCGUCACCGCCUCUCUCUGGGGCGUCACGGCCUUUGCCUGCCUCCUGCUCAUAUUGACAGUGGUUGCGUGCUGCUGCUACUGCAAGGCUGCUAGCCGUCAUCUGGUUGACGAAGAUGAUAUUCCGCACGCCUCAAUGCAUUCCCUGACGGAGAGUACCUCUAGCAUAAGAAGAAUGGAGUUCAAAAACAAAUACGCUUCACCUGAAGAUCAAGGAGAGCUAAGGUCUCUCAAGAACACCAGUGUGUGAAAGUCACCGGCACAGGCAGCACAGUGUGUUCUUGCAAUAUUGAAGUCUCUGUGCCUUCUACUAGUGGCAGGCAGGGUAGGGGCAGUCCAAAUGAAUUGGUUCGGAAGAGAGCGCUUUGUCAAUUCCCUUGUGCCGAUCAUUUUGAAAGUCGUCUCGGCUGACUGCCACUUUCAUCCGAACACAGCCAAGUGAAGCUGCCAACCCAAUCGAGAGCAGGUGUUGGAAGGAAUCGUUGACGCAUACCACACUACAAGAAUCACCCUUGGCAGCAGUGUGCAAGGUCACAAAUGUGGCGCAAUAUCUAGAACAUUGUGAAUGGUGUUUCAAAGCUGUGUUUCCCAUGAAAAUGCGACUGUGCUCAGCCUGUAUUGAACACACUAGUGUUGUAGGUUGGUAUUUCAGUUGUUCUAUACUGGCGGCUCCAUUGCGUGUUAACAUACAUGCAACCGCAUGUAAAACAUGCGAGACAAGCGUUCGACACUAACAGAGUUGUUAAUUUCCCAUGAUCGAUUUCACACUUGUAAACAUUGGUCACACAGGCCACGUACGGGCCACUUAUUGGUAACAUACUGGUUGUGUGUUUGUAGCUACAUAAGUUAAGAUGAGGACUAGAUUAUAAAUGAAAGCAUUGUUAAAAGAAAUCUAAAGAAUGCCACCUUUAAUCAAUUGGGCUGUGGUGCCCACAAUAGAGUUUGUGGCUUCUACUUGAACUCAAAGGAAGCCAUAUGUGUCAUUUCUCUAUGAUCUCGAAACUGAAAGUCAGAACGAGGUGAGCUAUUACUACCCGCAGCUUUUGUGAACGUUAUGUGCAGUGUUUUUAUUUGAGAAGAGUUGAAUGUUGUUUGUGAACUGACAUUCCAUGGCUCACAAGGUGGACGUGAACAGUGUUGUCAUAGUAAGCAGAUUAGAACCAUUGGGUAGUACACAGAGUCAAAAGCCACCGGCAUGUGUGGUGUUAGGUUUUUAGUGUUACCUAAUUCAGGUCUUGAAAUUCUAUGAAAAAAAGAUGGAUAAAAGUCCACGUCACCCUUUAAAUACAGAUUUUGUGGUGACACUUGGAAGCUGCAUCAUUUUACAGCUACUGCAAAGGCAACAUUCACCAAUGUACAAAUGAACUGUUGUGUGUGAUCUAAAUGAGGAGUGCCUGUGGUGCGUUUUGUAAAGAGGUCCAUACUGUUUUCUGCUUUCAUUCACUGCCAAUGAACAAAGCUAUGUAUGUGUGCUGUCAUAACCUUCGCAUGCAAAUGUUCAGUAAAUAUAAUUGUGAAAGCCCCACAAACUUCCAUGACGAAGUUCAGGAGCAAGUGCGCUGUCAAUCAAGCGUGCUUGUAAGCACGGAAACACAGGCUAACCAAUUCUGUGCUCUGUAUCACUAAACCCGAGUGAUUAUCUUAGCAGCGCUUCCAGCCAUGUGAAGCUACGACAGUGCCCAACUGCGGUCAGACUGCUUAAUUACUGAGGUGACAAAACAAGUGUACUGCUAAGAUUGGUUUAGUCUCUGUAUACAUAACUUGCCUUACCGAUAUCACCUAUUGCUGUGAAAUGUUCAGUACAUUGCAAGAAGUUUUCACAUUCCGUCCGUCCACUAAGCAGAGGGCAUGAAAAGGCCACCAUAUCUCCAUGAGGCACCUAUUAAUUCCAUCUGUUGAAAAUUUAGCCCUAGCUCAUUUCGUCAUUAACUCGCCAUCAUUAAAUACACACAGGAGCAAAACAGAUUAAUGUUCUUGAAUGUUUUGUUACGUCCACAAAUGGAUUCCACAGCUGAAGACUCACCGUAGGGCUUAUUUUCUGUGGCGUUCUGUUGCUGAGCAUAAGGUCACAGAUUCAAUUACCUGCUGCGGGGUCACAAUUCCAGUUGGGGCAGAAUACACGAAUGUUUGCUUAGACUUAGAUCUGCGUUAAAGAACCCCUGGAUUCUCUAAAUUAUUCAGGAGCCCCCCCCCCCCCCCCCCCCCUACUACGGUAUCCCACACUGCCCACGUGUUGCUUUGAGACAUUAGAGGACCCCUAAAUCUCUCUCUGAACUCUAAAAUGUGUUAUAUAGGGGCAGCACCAGUCUACAGUGAACAUAGAGCCUUAAAUAUUUUUCAAAAUGUUACCGCAAUAGCAGAGUUUCAGGUAUUUAGUGGGCGACUAGGCAGGCACCAAGGUUUCCCACUCGCCUUCCCUGCCGUUCCCAUGGGUGCUGUCUCUCCUUCUCGCACCCCUGACUCUGUGCAAUGCAGCAAAAGCUGUCGAUUGCGUCAGCCACCCAGAAUAGAGAGCCGGAAGGUCUCCCCCACUGUCUACCACUGAUUGCCCUCAGUGUGACACCAUCUAAAUGGAAGGUGUGCAGAUGGAUCAGCAGUGCACAAUGCCCUCCCCCCACCCCCUUUCCCAUGUCUUGUCAGAAAACACAGCUGGCUUUCGUUACAUUGACACUCUUCACCCUCGUCAACCAACCAAAUGACAGCUGUCACCCUGUUGACGUCACAUGCGUGACCUUUUUCACAUCACGGCUUGUGGAGGAGGGACCAGAAAUGUCCAGAGUAUGGGAUUGUUUUUUUUUUAAUUUGUGACUUCCCCACAGUGUGUGCUGCCAUGUUCGUCCAAGGUGAUUGUCACAGCAUGGUGUACACAAUGGGCAUGUUUGUUUAAAAUGUGUUCAGAAUGUCAGAAGUGGUUUACUGCCUUCUAAACCUCAUAAAUUUAUUUCAUUCCAUGUCCGAGUUCUUAAAAAUAACCUGAGGUGCGAAGACAGUAUACAAACUAUUUCACAUUUCUUGCAUGAGAAACAGCAGGCCACUUGAGAAAUUGUCCUAGUAUGCAUCAUUACUCCAAAGAGAAAGAAAAAAAAAGAGGAAACACUACACGAGAACAUACUGGGAUGCAGCAGUCAUGGCUUUCAACUCUUGUCUCUUGACAGACUAGGAACAUACUGAUUUCUGGAGCAUCAGAUAUUCCUGAAGGUGUAUUUCAAACAUCUUUCUUCCAUUCAUGCUUAUGAUACUAGGGCAUGUGCUAUUGUACACACGGUGCCUGAAGAAUAUAUUAAUGAUGCCUUUUAUGUCUCAGGGCAGCUUCGCAGUCGUUUCAUAAUAUGGCCGCGAAAGGUGUCGGCAGUGAAGAUGCUGCCCUUUAUGAACUGCCUUAGCUGCUGUAGUACUACCUUCAUUGCAUAUCGUAAAGCAAAAAUAUGCUGUCUUGGCCCUUGUUCAAAUCAAACACUUAAUUUAUUUUACUCAUCCAUUCCACAGUGAAGUGAAAGUGCAUUCAUUUCAUUCUUUCAUUCUAUAAGCAGAGAGCUGUAACAAUUUGUGAGCCUUUAGUCCACACAUAUUUCUGCACCUAACAGUCGUUCUUGCAAUAUGCAAUGUUUUGUAUCAUUGCUGCCAGGUUUUUUUUACCUCUCUAUGUGGAGUGCCAUGCUUCUUUACAGAUUCACAUCUUUGUGGUCUCAUUUCAGAAGGUCUUGUUUUGCCUGAGGUCUUUUGUGCAUGCACAUGUCAUAGUAAUUACCAUAUUUACUUGUCUAAGGCCCAAACUUCCUUUUCUUGAUCUUUAUCAGCUAUGGUCCUUACACAAGGCAGGCUUACGACUCGCUGCACUCAGACUGCAGUGCAAAUAAAUGCGACUACUGGCUGUCGACUAUAAAUGCAAUCACAGUCACUGACUGAUUUUUCGUACAUGGACUAGUGCCAUCUUGUAGCAACUUGUGGGAAUUAACCAGCAUGAAAGUAUGCGUCACACAGUGAAACCUUUUUUUUUUCCAAGUUUUCGCACUCAGAAGUGUGGGCCUUACACGAGUAAAUACGAUAUGUGCAUGGACAAAAUGGUGCUAAAUACUGAAAAACUGUCAAACAUCAAAUGAAAGUAAAAAAAAUGUCUUGAACAAUUGAAAAACAAUUAAGGAAACAAGGUAGUGCGGUAUUAGCUAGUGCUACCAAGUUAUAAAAGAAUCUUAAGAAUCAAUGUCUACUUUCAAGAAAGGCAGCCCUUAUGAAAGAUGCAGGAUAACCCAUGUUUGCCCACAAAAAUUGCCAACACUUUUUUGAAGUGAUAUAUAGCGACUUGAUCUGUUUAUCACAGUGUCAAUAUGUUUGAAUGACAUAUUUAUAGCUCUAAACAUCGAAUACGAUGGGAAAUAGCAUGAGAAUUUGACCUAUUUCAUGUUGUGUUUGAUCUUUUGCAUCGUAAGUAUUUCACAUAAAUCAAGCAACCAACUAACCCAGCCUCUUGCUCCAUUUGCUUCGAUUUUAUUGGCAGCAAAUUUAUGUCCACAUAAAAUUAGUUCUGUAGCGAAACACUACUUUUUACACAAAUCCCCGUGAAAUCCUGAAUGUCAAAGUAACCACAAAAUAUGAAAUCAAUUAUUCGCUCACUUCUAGUGAAAACAUUGUUCAGGACAAGGUGAAGUGCUCAUGCAAUUUUUGUGUGAAGUAUGUAGUUGCUUUUCAUCAACACUGCAUGAAUUCUCAUUUCUGUGAAGCCGUUUCCUUUUCUUUUUGUUGUUGUCUUACGACUCUGACCUGAAAGUGCUGAACUUCCCGCCAGGACAAUCUGUGCAGUAUUAGUGUUCUACACUACAUCAUUGACUGUGAAUGCAUAUUAUAAUACCGGUGACAUAGAAGUUAAGCUGCAUAAUUCAGCUUGCCAACUCUAAAUCAGGAAGUUUCCAAGCUCGCAGAUGAAAAAAAGAAGUCUUAACAGUGUGUUAAAUUUUGUCUGGCAACAUCAGCUUGCUGCUUUUUAUGUAGCCACCUGUGGCAAUUCCGCCCAUAGGCAAGUGUUGUGCAUGCUUCUAAGCACUGUUAGUAUUGACCAAUUCUACAAACUCUUUUAUACAAACUUUAUAUUUACUGUUUACAUUUUACAUGCAAAUCUUCUUGCUACGUCACUGGUACAGCACUCUUAUGCAAUUAGUGUGACCACUUCCAUUGUCAUUGUGCCCUUGAAUAAACACAUGUUUUUACAAUAUA